UAAUUGUUUUAUCGAAAUUAUUCGAAAUAAUGCAUCUAUAUAAUAUCUUAUAGUCUAUGUCCAUGUUUUGACAGAUUCGUCCAUUCUGUAGAUUGUAGACUACGCGGAUUUCGAACUACUUUAAUCACUUUUUAACUUCCUCGAUGAGUUCGCCACAUUAUUGCAUUUGGGGUUUAUGUGAAUCACAACAAUAUUGUUGUGGUGACAAUGUUUGCUGUGAUGAAACUGAUUUUAAUUCUUUAUUUUUAACGGCUAUCAUUUUUGGAACAAUUGUCAUUCUCACAUUAUGCUGUAUUUGCUGUUAUUGUACCUCUCGACGAGUUCAUGCGUCUUUCUUAAAGAAAUAUUUCAAAAUUACUUAUACUUUAAUGUCUAACCAACGAGAAAAUGAAACAAAUGCUGCAAGGAAUCAAGAAUCGAUAGUGGAAGACUGUGUUGUACGAUUAGAAAAGACAAAAACUAUGCUUUAAUAAACAUUCUUUAUAUAUAUAUAUA